CGCCCACGUUCAGGGAGGCCAGAGGUGAGAGGUCGCGCGGGCAUCAUGGCGGCGCUGUGUGGGUCCUACGCCGGGACUGCUGGGAGCCGUUUGCUGAGAGUGCUUCUCUCUUCCAAGCCCUUUCGAAAUGCAAGCUCGGAGAGCGGCCCUGGGGGUGCGACCCACGACCCCUCCGCUCCUCGGGCGCGCUCGGGCGGCUUCGCGAGCGCCCUGGAGCGGCACUCGGAGCUGCAGCGGAAGGCGGAGCUCGGACCGGAGUCUCCAAAAGCUGUGGAAUCCUUUGCCUCCAUGCUGAGACACUCUCCGCUGACACAGAUGGGACCUGCCAAGGACAAACUGGUCAUUGGACGGAUCUUUCAUAUCGUGGAGGAUGAUCUCUACAUAGAUUUUGGUGGCAAAUUUCACUGUGUAUGUAAAAGACCAAAUGUGGAUGGCGAGAAGUACCAGAGGGGCACGAGGGUCCGGCUGCGGCUCCUGGAUCUUGAGCUGACAUCUCGGUUCCUGGGUGCGACCACAGAUACAACUAUACUGGAGGCUGAUGCAGUUCUCUUAGGACUCCAAGAGAGCAGAGACUCAAAAUCAAGAGACGAACCAUUCAACACGUAAAUGAACUCUGCCUGCUGCAUUCGUACCUGUUUUGAGCCCAGAAAGCUGUCAAGAAUGCAGUCAGAAAACGGUGACUAAGU